AAACACUAUAUAUUUCUUUCAAUAUGUCUUGGUAUAAGCAAACUUGCUCCAUAAUGGGAUAUCGAUUUCACCCAACGCACACCGAAGUCGUGAAAUAUCUAUUAGGUUUUGCAAGGAACGAUCCACUCCCCAAACAAAACAAACUGAUGCAGGAAGUGGAUCUUUACGGGGACAAGGAGGCAUGGCAGAUUUUCGAGGGUGACCACACCAACACCCAUUACUGCAUUACGCAGUUGAAGAAAAAGAAGGCGGAUUCGAUAAGAACAGAGCGAAGUGUGGGGAAGGGAAAAUGGAAUCUACAAAGCAAAGCGAAGCAGGUGUUUGACCAUAAUGGCAGGCUUAUGGGGUACGUGAAAAGUUUGAAGUACAUACCCCGCACCGCUCACAAAUCAUCAAUCAAGGCCGCUUACGGCGAGUGGUUGAUGACGGAAUACUCUCUACGUUAUAGUUAUCUUAACGAUAUUAAGAAGAAGGGUUACGUAAUUUGUAAGAUCAAAAAGAAAAAGAAAAAUGACAGUGAUAAGCAAAAAGGAGUAGCUAACGAUGAUCAGAAUAUGAGUGACAUCGAAGAGUAUAUCGAUUCGAUUUUGAAAGAAGAAAACAACGAGAAUAUAGAGUACAUAGAGGGAGAGGAAGUUGGGGAACACUUUCUUGCUACGUUGGGGUGUCAUGAUGACUUACCUGUGAAUAAUAGGCAUGAACUUGCUUUGGCAGGAGGUAUUGAUCUUGAUGAUAUAGAUUUCGUUCUAUAG